UAAGGCCGCCCGCCGUGCCAGUGAGUGUUGUGUCGGAGACAGUCUGCUCCACGGUCUGCUCCAUGGUCUGGACUGGUCCAGCUAACAUUAGCUGCCUGACCCGCUUGGCUCAGAAGCUGGACGGAUUUCACGGACAACAAUGGUUUAUAUUCAGGCCCGACACUAACGCUAACACGGUUUGCUGGAUGGGAGCCAGGAAGACAUAACUGGGCCGGGAAGCCGUCAAUGUCAAGAAAGAGAGAGGAUCCAUGGCAAAGUGGCUGAAGGAUUAUCUAAACCUAGGCAGCAGGCGUGACCCUCCUCAGCCCCCGAGGCCAGACUACACCGAGAGCGAGAUAUUGAGGGCCUACAGAGCUCAGAAGGAGCUAGAUUUUGAGGACCCGUACCAGCACUCUGAUAAGGAGCAUCAGAAUGGAGGUUUCAGCUCCUGUAGUGCCACAGUGAGCCUUCCCUCUUUCCCUGCAUUUGGUUCAGUGCUGCCUAAUGGUGUGGAGGUGAAAGUGGUGUCACCAAAGCACAGACUAAUAAAAGUGGACUCUCAGGAGUUUGGCCGUUGUAAAGUCCCCCUAAGUCCUGUGACUGUCCAAGAGGAACCUGUGGUCCCAUCUGCCCCAGCAGCUUUGGACGCUGACACCGACUACUCAGAUCCGUUUGAUGUCCGUCCAGACCCUAGAGGCAGAUCAAACUGGGAGCCCAAAUCUGUACCAACAGACUGCUGCAGCUAUAUGGAACCAUUUGAGGCCCAGCGGAUUAUUUCAGAACUGCAGCACAGCGUGAUGAUUAACAGAUCCGGGGUUGGGGGUGGAGAUGGUGGUCAAUUAUAUGAUAACCCAUACGAGGAGAGAACUCGUCACCACCAUCGAUCUGCUCCAUCAGUACAACAACAACAAACUCAGAGGGUUGAGGGAGGACUGGCCCUGAUAGACAGCAGGGAGAGCAGACUGCCUCAGGAUGAUGAGAGGCCGGCUGAUGAAUACGACCAGCCCUGGGAGUGGAAGAAGGACAACAUCUCCAAAGCUUUAGCAGUUCAGUUUGAGGGGGCAGAAAGGGAACGUUCAAGAGCUCAGACGGAGCAAGCCAGGCUCGCCAAGUUAGGCACUACAUCUUCCUCAAGUGACUCGUCAACACUGCGCCUGGUUGGUGACACUCCUCCUCUCCUGGGAGAAAGAGUGGAUCCAUGUCUAGCACUGGAGAGACAAGUGUGGUAUCACGGCACCCUGAGCCGCUCGGAGGCUGAGAGUCUGCUGACUUUGUGCAAAGAGAACUCCUACCUGGUGAGAAACAGCCAGAGCUGCAAAAACGACUACUCCCUGUCUCUAAGGAGCUGCAAGGGCUUCAUGCACAUGAAGUUCACUCAGUCUGCAGAAGGACGCUACGUGCUCGGAGAGAACAGCCCUCCCUUCUCCACCAUCCCUGAGGUCAUCCACUACUACACCACCCACAAGCUGCCAAUCAGAGGAGCCGAGCACAUGUCCCUGCUGUAUCCCGUCAUAGUGCAGACCCUCUGACACUGACGUACUCUCAUACUCUCAUACUCUCUCCUGGUGCUACUGAAUACAAUAUAUACUCAACAUGUCCCUUUCCUUUCCUUCAUGCCUUUUCUUCGCUACUCUACCUGCACUGCUAGCAAGAGAUUGGACUUUUCUGUGCCAUUUUUUUUCCAUUAACAAAAACCCAACAACUACCCUGGCAGCUAAUGAGCUCAGUGCCUCAUAAAUAUUCACCUGUGAACCAGUAUCAACACUACAAACCCUGCUUUCUGAAUCCAUAGACCCUGAAACCCAGUGAUGAUUGAUAUCAGUAUUUGUAGCUGAGUAUUUGAAGAACACAAAACAAACUCAAGGCGUCUUGAGACAGUAAACUAUUAAACAUAUUGCAUGGAGAUUUGUCUCUCUAACUGUGUUGCAGAGAGAGAUUGUACUGCCAGGUCACUUUAAGGAUAAUAGUGAUAUUUUAUUUUGGUUCGUACCAAUUAUCCGAGGAAGUUUUAUCCUUUCAAAGUGACCCAACAAAUAAAACACGAUUGAUAUUUGGCAAUAGGAUUUAAACUAGAUAUAGAAAGUAGAAAAAGGAGUUUUAAAAAGUGCUGUCGCUGCAAACACAAUGUUCUUGUUCUUUAGGUGUUAGCUACACUAUCAACCAAACACUACAUGUUUAAUCCUGGGCUUCUUCUCGCUCUGGGUUUCCGUGUUUAAGAGGCCUGUGAUUGUCCCAUGAUGCUGUAGCUGUGUGCCCUGCAGUGUUUCGUCAUGUCCUUUCAGCAACACAAAGUGACGGCAUCAUACCGACGAGGGAUGUUGGUUUCACACAGCAACAGGCUCCUGCAAUACUAGUGUAGAGAGUAAUAACUAAAGUAUUAUCUUGAAAGCUUGUGGCUUUGUGAUCUUGAUUAUUGAAGAAGCUUUGGUAGAUUAUUUACUGUUAUUUGCUGUUUUAUAAGAUUUUAAAUGUGUGUUGAAAAUAAAAGUGUUGUCUGUUUUUAAA